GCAAGCGCACGCAAGCUGGUGCCCUGGUGCUGCAGCCUGCCACUGCGGAAGACCGGAAGGCGCCGGAAGGGCACGCCACUGUCGAGCCGCCCUCCGCUCCGCACAGCCAAUAAGGCACUGCCACUCUUGGCGCCAAAAUGGGCGAGCCGGGCAGCGCUUCCAGUGUGGCGGCAGCCGAGCCGGCCGGCCCGCUGGAGCUGCAUCUCCGGUCGCUGCGGUUCUUCCCGCGCCCCGACGACACGUGGCUCGACAGGCUGCAGCGCAGCCUCCUCAGCAGUUGGGUGGCGCUGACCUGCUCCGUGCUCACCAUCCUCCUCGAGGUCCUGGACGUCUUCAUCGUCGGCUCCAUCCUCAAGGGAAAGGUUUGCCGCCCCGUUUACUUCGCCCCGUCGCUUUCAGAGUUGCCACAUCAGUGGGCGAAAAUCUCCACGACGCGCCAAUGUCGAACAGGGUUGCCAAUCUCAUGGGCAAAGCCGUUGCCUAGUAGGCAGACUGUUGUUGGCAACCCUUCAUUGUGGAAGUUUACGCGCACUGAAUUGGCAACGCUGGUCGCUUCUGCGAAGCAAAGAGUCCAUGGCGCGCACGGCCCGCCGAGGCUGGCUGUCGCGGCGCCUCUACGUUUCGUUCGGCCUGUCCACCUACCUCAUCAAGCCGCGCUGGGGCGUCCCGUGGGCGACGCUGCGCUGGCCCGCCAUCGUCGUGGAGCUCAUCGGCACGGCAGUCAACGCCACGUACUGCCACUCAUUUUGACGCUGCACUCGGCGAGCUCCGACCUGCAGGACGCGCUGGGACGGUACCUGGAGGUCCAUCCAUGCCACCGCUGGUGCGCCGACGUGCAGAGAUCCGUGCUGCGCGCCUGCGUCGUGGCCGACUCCAUCCUGCCCUGGCCCAUAUUGCAGUUCCUGUUCGGCGUGGCUACCGUCCCUCUCCUGGCCACCGUGGAGGUGAUGUCGUCGGGCGGCCUCUACGACAUCUACGCGGCGGGCACGGCGCCGCUCAUCGUGACCCUGUUCGUGCCGCUGUGCCUGAUGGGCGAGCGGCUGGCGGCCAGUCGGCGCGGCGUGGGAGCGCGGGCGUGGCGCGGGCCCUGGCUGGAGGAGGCGCCGGCGCGGCGAAGACUCCGCCUGCGCAUCAUGGUGGGCGCGGACGGUGAGGGCGCGCUCUUCGGCGCCAGCGGCGUCGGCCACCUGGACAAGCCGGCCUGUUUCCAAGCCUUGAAGACCUGGUUCAGCGUCGUGCAGAUGCUCCUGAACCUGCACUCGUAAACCCUGCCCUUGUUUGGGAACUUAAUAAGAAUUUAGCCUUGCUAGCCGUUUAAUGCCUCUGCGCCCAGUCGUAGAAGCGCGGCCGCUGGCC